CCAAAUCCAUGGCGAAGUGGAGGAAACCCUAGCUCUGGAAAAGAGGAACCGAGAACUAGUAGAAACCUAGGUUUAUCUCCUCGUUCUCUUCGGAGGCACCAUAUUGAAGUCGAGAUGGGGAAGAAGCAGCACAGCAAGGAUCGGAUGUUCAUCACGAAGACGGAGUGGGCGACCGAGUGGGGCGGCGCCAAAUCCAAGGAGACGUCCACGCCCUUCAAGCGCUUGCCUUUCUACUGCUGUUCGCUUACUUUUACGCCAUUUGAAGACCCUGUGUGCACGGCUGAUGGGAGUGUAUUCGAUAUAAUGAAUAUACUUCCUUAUAUUAAGAAAUACGGCAAGCAUCCGGUCACCGGAGGUCCUCUCAAGCAAGAACAUCUCAUUCCCCUCACGUUCCACAAGAAUUCUGAUGGGGAGUACCAUUGUCCUGUUUUGAACAAAGUUUUUACGGAAUUUACUCAUAUAGUUGCUGUGAAAACUACAGGAAAUGUAUUUUCUUUUGAGGCUAUUAAAGAACUAAACUUGAAAACCAAAAAUUGGAAAGAGUUACUUACAGAUGAGCCUUUCACUAAAGAUGACUUGAUAACAAUUCAGAAUCCAAAUGCACUUGAUAGCAAGGCACUAUUGGAAUUUGAUCAUGUUAAAAACAGUCUUGAACUUGAUGAUGAAGACUUGAGGAGAAUGAAAGAAGAUCCAUUAUAUAAUAUAAAUAUAUCUGGUGAUAUCAAGCAAAUGCUGCAGGAGCUUGGGACUGAGAAGGGAAAGCUAGCUGCACUUCAUGGUGGAGGUGGGAGCAAAGCACAAAAUGAAAGAGCUGCUGCACUUGCUGCUAUUUUAGCUGCAAGAACUCGUGUCAAAGAGGACUCCAAGUCCAGUGCAAAUGGAGAGUCUAAAUCCACUCAAGGAUUCAGUAUUGUAGAUGCAGCAUCUGCUGCAGUUCAUGGAAGAAGUGCAGCAGCAGCCAAAGCAUCAUCUGGCAAUAAGACUGCAGCUCAGAUUGCUCUACACAUGGCAGGUGAAAGAACACCUGUAAAUGCAAAACUUGUAAAAAGCCGUUUUACUACAGGGGCUGCUUCACGUUCUUUCACAUCUACUGCUUAUGAUCCUGUGACAGAAAACGAAUUCGAAUAUGUCAAAGUUGAAAAGAAUCCGAAAAAGAAAGGAUAUGUUCAAUUGCAUACAACCCACGGAGACUUGAAUCUGGAACUGCAUUGUGAUUUAACUCCACGGACGUGCGAAAACUUCAUCACGCUCUGUGAAAAUGGUUAUUAUAAUGGUGUUGCUUUCCAUCGAAACAUUAGGAACUUCAUGAUUCAAGGUGGGGACCCCACUGGCACAGGGAAAGGAGGGCAGUCCAUUUGGGGUAAACCUUUCAAGGAUGAGCUAAAUUCAAAAUUGCUGCAUUCAGGAAGGGGUGUUGUUAGCAUGGCAAACAGUGGUCCCCAUACCAAUGGUUCCCAGUUUUUUAUUCUUUACAAGUCUGCAAAUCAUCUGAACUUUAAACAUACAAUAUUUGGUAUGGUUGUUGGUGGUUUGACCACUCUUGGAGCAAUGGAGAAGGUUCCUGUUGACGAUGAUGACCGGCCCUUGGAGGAGAUAAAGAUAACAGGUGCCUCAGUUUUCGUGAAUCCUUACACAGAACCAGAUGAAGAGGGACAUCAGGCAGAAGAGGAGAAGAAAGCUACUGAUGAUGAUAGGGAUAAGGUGGGUGCAUGGUUUAGCAACCCAGGCACCGGAGUUACUGGUUCUUUUGGUGUGGGUGGCGGAGUGGGCAAGUACCUGAAAGCAAGGCCUAGUGGAACUGACAGCACAGCUGGAAAUGGUGUGGGAACAGAUGACUCGAGCAAGAAGAGGAAAGUAGAGGUCAAAAGUGUAGAAUAUAAAAAUUUUUCUGGCUGGUAAAAAGGUUUCAUGUAUUAUAAGCAUGAAAAUAGCAGAUGCUAGCUGAUGAUGAUUCUACUGCUACAAGUGUAACCUUCUUAAAUGAACUUAAUCUUUGAAAAAGAGGAUGGAAAUGUUGUAGAAAGAUGCACCAGUCAUCGGCUUUCUGAUUAGUGGAGGCAAGGAUUCUUUCUCACGAGGCCUUGGCAGUGGAAAUGGAUUUCAGCUGCAGGUGAUCUGAGCCAUGUCACAGGAGGGGUAUGAUGCAUGAGGUCACUCGUCCUUGUGUUGUUUUUAUCACUGGAAAAGGUGCUUCUAUUUGCUUUUUCUGUCUUCAACGAGAGUGCAAUAAAGGGUGACCCGAACUGCUCAUUUUCUUAACAUGCCAGGUUGGUUAAGCCAAUAAUGAGAUGACUGCAUAAUUUUUGGUAGAUUGUGAAUCUGGCAUUCGUGGAACUGUUUCAUAGUCCUUCAGUGUCUUCAUGCUGAUCUUAAUGUUUGUAUUACUUUUUUUUUAUUUCGAACAUUCAGUGGGAAAACUAAUUACUACUGGCCCUGUAUAUUAUUGGCCGAUCCCUUCUAUUUUCCUUACUCAACUUGCAGCAAGAAAUAAACUUUUCGGAAUAUGCUCUCGAAAUCUUUCCUUGGAAAAAAGCAUUGAUAUUGUGAUCCUUA